AUGUCUUCCAAGCUUCAUCUCUACAAGGAGGUUGACAAGCUUCAUAAGACAUAUGGAGACUAUGUUCGAACGGGUCCUACCGAAAUCUCAGUCGCGGACCUAGUAGCGGUCCAGGCUAUUUACGGUAACCAGUCCAAGGCUAGGAAAGGUCCUUGGUAUACAUUGCUUGACCCGCGAGUUUGUCUAUCCUUCACCAGAGACAAGCAAGAACAUGCGCGCCGCCGCAAAGUUUGGGAUCACGGAUUCAGCACCAAGGCAAUCCGCGCCUAUGAACCAGUCGUUACAAAAUAUGCAUACUACUAUGCGUUUGAUGUGAUGGGAAACCUUGCUUUUGGAAAAUCGUUCAACAUGAUUGCCGAAGGCAAAGAGGCUUACUUCCUGAAGACCAUUCGGACGGAUAUGACAAACAUUGGCCACCUCAAACAUAUGCCCUGGAUAUUCCCUAUACUCAUGAAUAUUCCACUCAUAAACGCAAACAACCUGAACUUCUGGAAGUGGAUUGAAAGCCAAUUCCUGGAAAGGAGUGCUAAGGAACUAGAGCAGCGAGAUAUCUUUUCUUGGAUUCUUGACGCGUACAAGAAGGGCCCCCGGACAUCCUAA